AUGUCUGCUGCUGCUUCGGCUAGUAAAAGAGUCUUGUCCUCAUAUUUGCGUGCUUUCCGUGCCACCAGAGUGGCUUUUCAAGGUGAUCUCCCGGUGCUUACUGCCUCAAGGGGUGAAAUUAGAGAAAAUUUCAGAAACCCAGACACUUCGAAACCUCUUGAGGCGAGGUUGAAAGAAAUGGACGAUAUUUCGACUUUCUUAUUGAGAAACAUCGUGCAAGGUAAAAAAAUGGAGAAUGCCGAUGGUAAAUACGCCCUUAAUAUUCACAGUAAGACUGAGUUGGGGGACAAUGAUAGCGUAAAGAAGGCCAAGAAGGUGCUCAUGGACAAUAAUGGCGGGUGUUGUGGGGGAGCCAACGCAAAGAUAUAA